GAGAAAGUCAUGAAAGUAUCAGUCCUACAGAAGUAGUUUCACGUCAAACUGUUUUGUUAAUAUAUGUUUGGUGCAAUUCCUCAAAAUGGAUACAGGACAAGUAGUUGGAGAACAGGCAGUAUCUGUACAAAUAACAGUUUUACGUGGCCAUAAUUUGAAAGGAAGCAGGACCGAGUCCUUCCUCAGUUUUGUUAGAACUGAGUUGAAUGGUGUAGUCCUUGGAGAUUCUCCAAAGGUUGAUGCAGUUGUUGACGAAGCAGUGGAUUACAACUUUACAUGCAGCUUCGAAUGUUCAGAUGCUGCACAUAAUUUGGAUGAUCUCGCACAUAAACCUGUCAUCUUGACUGUGACUGAGAUCUUGCCCAAAGAGAAGAAGCAGAAGGAAGAGAAGACGAUUGUUCUUGGGCAGGCGGUGGUGGAUUUGCUCCCUCUUCUCCAUGGUCAAAGCUGCUUCACAGCCUCCACAGUCCUUUAUCCAGCACCUGGCUCACCUGGAGAGACAGCUGCACUGGAUGGUAGCAACAAGCCUGUCCUUGAUGUCUCAGUCAGUGUCCCAAAGCCUCUGUUGCCAGCCACCAAGCUCUCCGAGUCCAACCUUUUGAAAGUUACUGUUGAAACAGCCUACUCUGUGCCUGACGUAUGGAAUCAAGCAGCGGCACCUGCAUCAGGCUAUGCUGCAGCACUACAGGUGCCCCUCACAGCCGAGAAGGAGCAAAUAUUGAUGUUCUCCAAUGGAAUGCUGAAAAUGGGAGGGGAGAGAGAACCUGUUCCCCGACCCAAAAAAUGGCCACAGGGUGCCAUGUUGGCCUCAGGAGCCCAGUACAUACCAGGCGUUAACAUUGAAGAGCAGAGUGUCGACAUGGAGGAUGGCGAUAUGACCACUGUAGAGGAUAAGGAGCUUCGUGUUGAGGCGGAGAUAAACAGGAAGAGGGUGAGCUGGGACACAGAGCGACGCUGCUUCCUGGAUGCUGGAGGUGCAGCCUGGCUGACUCGGCGGAUUGUGGAUUGCCGGUUGUGGCCAAUAGAGAUUAUGAAAGUAGCACAGAUGGGAGCUGCCAAGGGAGCGAAGGCUGGUAAAGACAAGGGGGAGGAUGAGACCCAAAUAUCCUUCCAUGGAGUGGCAUAUGUGGACCUGGCUCCGCUGUUGUAUCCAGGGGCUACUUGUGUCAGAGGGGCCUAUAAACUCCACCCUUUCUAUGAGUCAGAGCUCAUGCUGAAAACGAAGCGGAACCAUAGCGUGCUACGGGAGAGUAUGCGGCCGCCGGUGACGCAAGGCAAAGCCCGCGUGUCUUCCGUGGGCUCCUGCAAGGCUGCACCAAGCAAAAUAUUUGACAAGGGAGGAAAAGAUACCAAGGAGUCUCCCAGGAAGACUCGAGAUGCCGCUGAAGAAGCUAAAAUACACCAGCUUUCUGCUUCCCAGGCAGGGACACAGGGCAAGGUUGCCCCAGACGAGAAUGUAAUUGACGUGGAGCCACAGAUCAACACGGAGGGACAAAUGUAUGCAGAUUCUAAGUCCUACAUUGUAAUUGAGAUUGCAUUAGACAAACCACUUGUUCCCAAAAGACCACCAGUGGAGCUUGCAAAAAGAGUGAUGGAGCUUAUUCCUCCAAGACCUCUAUUACCUCGCAGACCAGCUGGAGCAGAACGAGCCGUGCAGGAGUUUCAGGCUCAAGUAGCAAGUGUGGCAGCACAGGUCCUGGACCAGUACCAGCAGCUGUUUGGAGCAGCGUUUGAACCCAGUGCCCAGCUCCCAGAUCCCAACACACAGGAACAGCGUAAAGCACAUUUGUUCGGGGAGCUCAACUAUUCCGGGAAGUACUUUGCUUUUAAAGAACAACUCAAGUACUCUGUAGUUCGAAUAGUGCGUGAGAAAAUGUUGCGAACUGAAGCCUUCACGGAUGUGGAACAACUGCAGGCAUUUCUAAGUCAGCUCUAUGUGUUUCUGGUGGAUGAAAUGCACAAGGCAUUGAAUAAGACACUGGCCGUAGAUGAUCUAGAGAAUCAGCCACAGCCAAUGCUGGAGUGUUCUCAGCUAAAGCACUUUGCCAAAGAGGCUCAGCUGAACCAGGACUUCCAGCUCGCCACCAAAUACUACCAGGAGCGGCUGGCACGAGAUCGUAAUGACCCGUCCCACUGGUUUGAUUACGGCUGUUUCUACAUGUUGAGGGGGGACUACCAGAAAGCAGAGGAAUGCUUCCAUCAGGCGGUCUCUAUAAAUCAGGCACAUCUAUCCAGUUUACUGAUGUGUGGUAUUCUGGCUGAGAUGGAUGGGCGGUACGAGGAUGCAGAGACUUUUUUUGAAGGAGCAACCUGUGUCAAUCCCAGCAGUGUAGUUGCCUGGACACUGUUUGGUGUGUUCUAUCAAGCACAGGACAACAGUAUCCAGGCAGAGAUGGCUUUCUUAGAGGCCUGUAAGCAGCAGCGGGCGGGUUUGGUGCCGAGCCCAGCAGACGACGGGGACACACAGAUCGAGUUAGACGCACAGGAAGAGCAAGAGGAAGAAGCAGAGGAAGACUCGGCUGAGGACAGCAUUGAGGGAGAGGAUGUAGAAAGUUCCAUUAGUCGUCAAAGUGGUGCUGGUGUUAAAGAGGUGGAGGGUCCUACUUUGGCCGUGGAACCUAAACCAACCAGGACAGCUUCCCUUAACAGCCCGAGCAAACCAUGUAGUAUCUACAUGGAGACUGUGGAGUUCCUACUGCAGAGCAAUGCAUUACAGACGGCCCAAAGGGUACUGGCUCAGGAGCUGCUGUGCCCGGAGGCCGGGUUGAGUAGCUCCUACCACCUGGCGUUGGCUCAGCUCCACACCCUCCGAGGAGAGUACGGCAGUGCUGAGACCAACCUCAGUGCAGCACUCAGAGAUAGCUACGAGAAUCCAGAUGUGUGGGCACUUUGGGGCCACUUGCAUUUCCUGCGAGGUGAGAGCAGAGAUGCCCAGAAGUGUUAUGAGAGAACCCUGGACUUUGUGGCGGAUGCCUCCGACACUCACCCCAUCUAUCUGCGCCUGGGCUCUAUCUACCUGAAGGAAGGGCAGUUUGAGAAGGCCAAAGCCACAUACCUACGUGCUUGCAAGAGCUCGCCAUCCUGCUUGACCUGGCUUGGCCUGGGCAUCGCCUGCUACCGGCUGGAAGAGAUGACAGAAGCUGAGGAUGCACUGACAGAGGCCAACACCUUAAACAAUACUAAUGCAGAGGUGUGGGGAUACCUGGCACUUGUCUGCUUGCAGAUGGGGAGAAAGUUGGAGGCAGAGCAGUCUUAUAAGUACACAAUGAAGCUGGAUUUACAAAACGAGCCACUUCUGCAGGAGAUCAAUGAGAUGCAAAAACAUGUUGGAUUUGGCAACCCUUGUUUUUGAAUACAAUGUGGAAUUGAAUGCAUUCAUUUACUGCAUUCUGAUUAUUUGUAACUUGUACACCUAUUUCUAUUAAAAAAGUAUG